AUGAUGUCGGAACAAGCAGCACUCGAGCGACGCUCGGAUGAUAUGACACAACCUGAAACAUCUCAAAGCCAUGACUCAGACGAUGAGCCCAUGGUCUACGUGACGUCCAAGGACUAUGCGACGAUUGCGCGCCAGACGCGCGAUCGGCUCAUCGCCGAGGGCGCCGACCCUGAUUCUGUCAUCUUCCAAAGCGAUUUACCAAAAAUCAUCCAACGACAAGAAGGAGAAUCCCGUACCGACUUUGCAAAACGGUUUAGCGCCACGAUGAAUGACAUGAUUAAGCGUGGCGUCCUUAUCCUAAAUGAUACAUGUACUGCGGAUGUAGUGGCUUCUGGGUUUAGAUUCCGAGGUGGAAGACGUUUUGAUUUAGGUCCACGGUCGGGUGCGACAAAAAGAGAAUUUAGAGAAUUCAGUAAAUGGUUUUCGGACAAUGCGAAUACAGGUGAGGUGCCUGAGGUGCCGGAGAAGUGGUUGAAGUUUGAGAUGCACGCCGAAGAGAGAUCUGGAUCGUGA